CGGGGCCGCGCCCGCCCCUUCCCUCCGCUCCGCGCGGCGCCAUGGAGCGGUCGGCGGUGCUGCGCGUCAAGCGGAAGCGCGGCGGGACGGAGCCGGCCGAGGCGCUGCUGCUCGCCUGCAAACGGCUGCGCACGGAGCGCGGCGGUGCCCAGCCGGUGGAGAGGAGCCUCUUCAAGCUGGUGGCGACCGUGUCCUCCAAGAAUGAACCAGUUCAGAAAUACAUUCAAGAAGCAAUCACUCGAAACAAAGCUCAAAGUCUGCGACCCUCUUUAGGAAGCACUCAGCGAAUCAUUCAGGACCUCCGUUCUUCCAAGCAAGCAAAAAGGAAGGAAAACCGUUAUCGUGUAAUAGCCAGCAAUCGACCUAACUGUACUGAAACAGUUGCACCUGUCAUAAAUGGCGAGACAUCAAUUGAUGGUGACAGAUCAGACUCCGAAGCGACAGAAGAUGCUUCGCAGGAGGAGAACAGUGCUGUUCAUAAGAGUUCGGACUGCUGUGGAAAAUUCCAGUUGUUUGAUAUUGUACAAGAGGAGGAGGUGGUAGGAGAGUCCAGUGUAACUGCUGCAAACCCACAGAAGACUGAUCCAGAUGUGAUUCUUUGCAAUGCAGUAGAGAUGAUCCGUGAGCGUUUAAAUCUUUCUGAAGAUCAUAAAAAAGAACACCACGAGAAAGAAGAUGAGUAUGUUUAUGACAUCUACUGCAUGGAAACAUCAGCCCCUGGUUGGAUCCAAAAUAUUCUUUCUGUACAGCCCUAUAGAGAAGACUAUGAACUGGUAGACGAUGAGCAUGUUCCAGGGGAAGUGUAUGAAGACGAAGAUGAUGAAAAUGAUGAAAAUAACUGGCGUAAUGAUUAUCCUGAUGAAGAUGAAUUCUUACCUGAGGAAGAUGGUGAUGGAGAAAAAGAGUCUGAAGAGAGCUUCAGUGACGAGGACCAAAGUUACAGGAGAAGAACAUGGAACAAAUAUCGACAGGAGGUUCUACAGGAAUUUGGAUAUGAUGACAUCCAGGAUCUGGAUUCUGACUAACAGCCCUUUUCUUGAAGAUGAAAUGCAUAACAAAGAAGAAAUUCUACUGUUGCAGUAGAACUGAAAAUCCAGACAGCUGCUGAUGGCUGUUCUUAAGCAUGUUGAACAAAAAAACCCAACCCUAAACACCAAAAACCACCAAACCACAAAACAAUCCUGGAAAACCACUUUCCAGUAAAAGCUAUGCGCAUUGGGACAGUAGGAAACUAAUCUUUACAUGGAUGAGCUUUAAGCUAAAUUUUUUGCCUGUCUGGCUUUCUAAGUUGGUGACUAGCAUGGUUCACUAUAAUGCUUACUGACUGGGCUUGAGCAUUAGAUACGAGACUGGGAUUCCAGUAAAUGGUAAAAGCUUUUACUAUCUGAGCUGCCAACUUCAACUGGUAGGUAUUAAACAGAUGGGUGUUAAUAUGGCCACUUGACAACACAAUUUUUUUUGUUCUAAGCAAAAGAUAAUACAUGCUUUAAAAGAUUUUUCUGCCUGUUCUGUGAUGCUGAAGUUCUGAAGGAUUUCCCCCCGCCCCCCCCCAGUGCUGCAUGCCCAAGCACUUGUACCUGGACUAUUAUGUAUGGAGGUACUGUUGGCAGCAGCCCUUUGGUCCUGACUUACGUGUCAGGUUCCACAAGAAGAUCAGCAUGUCUGCUGUGACGGCAGGUGGAAGUCAUGGAAAAAGGGACUCUGUCCUAGUGCUUUCUACUGUAUUUGUUCCUAAGUUACUUUCAAGUAAUUUGUUUCAAGUUACUUUCUUUAGAAUUGUUUGAGCAUAUGAAAUGCCUUGUUCCUGUCCAUUUUAUUGUGGGAUCUCUCCCCAAUAAUUUUACUAUUGGAGUAGAACAAUGUAUGUGCAUUUAACUUGUAAAUAAAGAAUUUUUGACUAA